GAUGUGUUACAACUUUCUCUUUGCUUUUUGAGGGAGAUUCUCAACAUGAAGACUUUCAUCCUCUUGUGCCUGUGCCUGGCUGCUGCCAGUGCUACUCUUGCUCCUCUUAAGAAGGUGUCUCAGCGCAUCCCCAACAAGUACAUCAUCAAGAUCAAGGAUGGUUCCAAGUUGGAUGAGUUUGUCGACCGUCUUGAGACCCGUACACGAUCCCUCAACAUCCCCGCCUCCAUCCUGAAGAAGUUCCGUACCGUCAUGUCCGCUGUUGUGGCUCACAUCCCAGACAGGUUCAUCGACACCAUCCGUUCUUUCGAGGGCAUUGAGUACAUUGAGGAAGAUGGUAUCGUCAGAACCCAGGCAGUCACUUGGGGUCUCGACCGUUCUGACCAGAGAUACCUCCCCUUGGACGGCAGCUUCAACCCAUCCGGAACUGGUGCUGGAGUCAACGCUUACGUGAUUGAUACCGGAGUCAACCCCAACCACUGGGAGUUCUCUGGCCGUGCUACCGCCUGGUACGAUGCCCUCGGCGGCAACGGAGUUGACUGCAACGGACACGGAACUCACUGCUCCGGUACCGUCGGCAGCAACACUUACGGUGUAGCAAAGGACGUCACCAUUUACGGUAUCCGUGUGCUCAGCUGCAUUGGAUUUGGCUCCAACAGUGGUGUUGUUGAUGGAAUCGACUUCGUUGGAUCUAACGGACAGCUGCCCGCUGUUGUCUCCAUGUCCCUCGGUGGUGGUGCAUCUUCUGCUACCGAUAACGCCGUACAGAACCUCGUCAACCUCGGCUUCACCGUAUCUGCUGCCGCUGGUAACGAGAACGUCGAUGCCUGCAACUCUUCCCCCGCUAGAGUAUCUACCGCCAUCACCGUCGGUGCCACCGACAGCAGCGAUGCCAGAGCUUCCUUCUCCAACUACGGUACCUGUCUGGACAUCUUCGCUCCUGGUGUAGACAUCACCUCAACAUGGCACACCACUAACUGGGGAACCAACACCAUCAGUGGAACCUCCAUGGCCUGCCCCCACGUUUCCGGUGCCGCCGCCAUCAUGUUGGGCAACAACCCAUCCAUGAGCCCAGCUUACCUCAAGUACCUCAUGCUCGCUAGCUCUACCUCCAACGUCGUGUCUAACGCAGGCAGUGGCUCCCCCAACAAGCUCCUCUACAUCGGCAACUAAGGUAAGGGACCGUUUUGUGUUACACACUAUUACACUACAAACACUCCCAGCCCCAUCUGGACCUCCAAAAUCGGGAUCAAUUCUUGCCCAGAUGCUUUUAGAGAUGUAUGAACGAGCUGCGCAUUGACGAGGGAAAAGGGGGGAAAACACUCAUACUAUCAAGUUCCAUUUUAAAUGUAGUUUGAUAGUAUGUUUUUUGUUGUUAUUAAACAACAGAUUGUUUUCGGCAUACUAGCAGUGGUUGUUUCAAUAUCUGUAGCAGCUGCGUGGUUGAAAUGUUGGUUUUAAAACCUCAACAAAUCAUCAAGCAUGUUCACUUUUCUAUACAUAUUAUUAACCAUCAAUCUCUUAUGGCGAAAUUAUAAUUUGAGACGGCAGCGUAUACCUUUGCUAAUUACUGCACACGUAAAUAACCAUUUGGUAAAGAACAAUAGAGAGCUGUUGAUAUUUUAAAACAUUGCUAGCAACGACCCACACUUUGAAGUUGAUGCAAAUUAAUGUGAGAAAAGCUUUAAGCGAGAAGCCUUGUCAGACACAAUUAUUUACGACAAGGUUUUUUUCUCUUCUUUCAUCUACAACUUCGAUGACCAUUUGAGCCAAGAUUUUCACAGGUUUGUAACUUCAUGUUGGGACACACUAUGAAUAAAAAUACUGGUCUGUAACAACAAUCAAAAGUAUAUGCAUUGCCUUUACACCGACAAGAAUGUAUUAUCAUAUUGUACUGUUAAGCGUCUCCUUAUAACAACUUUGAUUUACACCGUUUCUUUUUGUCUUUCCUUUUGUAGGUAGCCUAUUAAUGCAACCAUUGAAGUGGUCGAGUCCCUGAGUUUGGUGACUAUAAAUUUAGGUAGUUUAUAUAAUAUACAAGUUAAUUUGUUUAUCUUUGCGUUUCUCAUACUAAGAAACGAUAAAUAAUUGAUGAUGAUGAAUAAAUAAAAAGAUCAGUAGAAUAGAAAGAAAGCACGGAUCUCAAUUUGUCGCUUAAUUUCGUCUGAGACUUUUCGUAUUUUGCAAGAACCCCCCCCCCAAAAAA